GGGUUGGUAAAUAUAACGUCGAGGACGUGUCCCUUUCAACGGAGUUGAGCGCCUCAACGUCCCUCGCCCUACGCUGCGAUGUUCUUCCAUGGAUCAUCGACGACCUCCCACGUUAGAUCUUAGAGCAAUCAAAGGGAUUCUUCAUCUUUUCUUCUUCUUCUUGAUCGGAUCGCAUUGAAGCGCCUUUGGCAGGUGAAAAAUCCCCGAAUUGCUACAAUGGCGCUAAAAACCAUUAGAAGGAAGCUUCAUUCCGGAGAUGCUGAUGGGAGGCGAAGUGAGGAUCUGGAUCCACCAAAACCUUCCAGCAACUGCGAAGCACGCCUCGAAGAUUACAUUGAUUUUGGAUAUUACAAGGGAUGCAGCGAUAGAAACAAAGAUUGUUUGGACAACAAAAGGAAGGAAGUAAAUAUUCACUGGACAUGUGUUUUGUCCAAUUUGAGCACACAGUGGUCUCAUAGGCUAGCAAAUACUGGAUCAGUUCUUGGAAGGUUAUUGCCUGCUUCCUCUGUUACUACAUUUGAUCUUAGUCCCUUGCAGGAAGAACGGUUGAGAAGCCUUAAGAGAAGGCUACAUGUUCAAUUCGACGCUUCUUGUUUGGACCAUCAAAAUGCCUUGAAACAUCUUUGGCAGUUGGCCUAUCCUAAUUCUGAAACUCCCCCUCUCAAGUCUGACUCAUGGAAGGAAAUGGGAUGGCAAAGUUGUGACCCAUCGACCGAUUUUAGGAGUGGUGGCUAUAUAUCAUUAGAAAACCUCAUCUUUUUGGGCAAACAUUAUCCGAAUGCUUUCCAAAUUUUGUUGCACAAAAGAGAAGGCGAGAGGGCCACAUGGGAGUAUCCCUUCGCCGUGGCGGGUCUCAACAUAUCGUUUAUGCUGAUCAAGAUGCUAGAUCUCGAAUCAGAGUUGCCAUCAUCAAAAGCAAGAGUUCGAUUCCUGCAACUACUAGAAUUCGAUGCAGAAGCAUUCGAUCAUCUAUACUGUUUGGCUUUCCGAAUGUUGGAUGCUCAGUGGCUCGCGCGCCGUGCUUCUUACAUGGAGUUUAACGAGGUACUGAAAUCUACCAGAAUUCAGUUGGAACGAGAGCUGGCAUUGGAGGACAUUACCAGGGUAAAGGAUUUGCCAGCAUACAACAUGUUAGCUUCGAUAUCUUGAGCCAGGUUCGAGUUAAUAUUUUCCUCCCGCAAAAAGAAAAUCUGAUAUACAUUGGUAAUAUUGUUUUCGAGAAAAAUCAAAUCAUAAAUGUAAGAGAAAAAAAAAAGAAAGUGUUUGGUGAUUACAGCGAUUGAUUUGGUUUUUGUUUUAUGUUUCUUCUUUCUCAACAAUUCCUCUCUUUUAUGCUCACCAUUGCUCACUGAAUGAUCAAUUGCAUUAUCAAAGUGUUCAUCUUCAUCG